AUGUGCGGCGGUCCCAUGUCGGGCAGCCCGAGCAGGUCUUCGGCUGCCGAAGGGGGAGGCGCGCUGCUCCUGCGCGCCCUGCAGGCGCCGGGACUCGUGCCCAGCCUGGACGUCGAAGACGUGCUUCCCUGCUCAUGGCCACCCGUCGCGUUCGCAGCCGAGGUGCGCGCAGGACUUGGAGCUUGCCGUGACGGCAAAGCAGCCUACCUCAGCCUGCCGUCGCCGAACCUUCAGACGGAGGAGCAGGAGAGCAGCAUCGUGUUCAAGAAGCUGUCCAAGCCAGAGGAAGAAGAGGACGAGCAGGACGAGUUCGUCGAGCCGCCGGCCUCGGCGCUGCACAGGAGGCAGGCGCUCGUCCCACCAAAGAUGCUCACAGACGGCUACGAAAGUUCCAGCGAGGAUAUCUCCACGCAAGGAUCGGUAUCGAACGACCAGAACACGCAGAGGACGCGAAGGCGAAGCUCGAUCGUGGUGAUCCCGCCGAUGCAGAUCUGCCCGGGUGACCUGCUCGUCUACAGCAAAGUUCUCACACACAGAAACAACCUCUUAGCAGAGAUCGACGGCUCAACCCAGUGCCUUGCAGUUUCAGAAGAUUCAACAAGAAAAGCUAAAAAUACCUGGUCUCUGUUACGGCUGUUUGACAGGGCCAACAGGGCCAAGACCGAGUGCCUUGGCGGACUCGAAGAGGUCCUCAGCACGCUCAGGCCGUCCGAGUUCUGCGACGAGCAGCUGGCCAAAUACAAGGGCAUGACGUGGGACGCUUUCGUGGCGUCACUGAAGAAGCGCGACGCCGGCAGUGACGAUGAGGACGAGGACGAGUCGAGCAGCGGGGGCGCCGGUUCUCCCAAGAGCAGCGCCGCGUCGUCUAUGGUGGCAGCCAUGGCAUCGUUGUCGGCUCCCGACGGUGCAGGCGGCCUGUCGGUGCCCGGCGAAGGGGACCGGGGCAGCCCGACGGCGGGAGACGCGCUGCAGAGCCAGUUCCUCCGUACCAUCAACCAGACCAUCCAGAAGAACGAGGCGAAAAAGAAGGAGGCGCUGUGGGAACUCUUCCAGAGCGAGUGCAACUUCCUUGAGGACCACCUGAUGGUCUUGAAAAACGUGUUCAUGGAGCCAUUGAAGAAAAUCCAAGUGGAGGGAUACGCAAUGUUCGCCGAACCAGAGGUGCUCUUUGGAAACCUCGAUGAACUUUGUUGCGUGACUUACGCCUUCUGUAGGGAGUUCAUCAACUUUAUUCUCGCCAGCCACAACUCCGGAGAGUUUAGCACAACAGACGUCCUUAUUAGACUUUUUAAGAAGAGCACCAAAGCAGCGGCGCUGAGGCAGGCCUACCACAGAUACACGCUCAACUACAUAAAUGCGCUCAACUACUUAGAGACGCUCAGGAGGCAAGUGGAAUUCAACGAGUUUGAGAAGUGGUGCGCCCGGGAUCCCCGCUGCAAGAAGCUCCAGCUGACCGACCUGCUGGUCUCGCCGGUGCAGCACAUCAUGCGCGUCCCUCUCAUCCUCAAGGACAUCGAGAUGCGAACCGAGGACAUGGAGGAACGGGACUGCAUCACAGCCAUCCUCGAGACCGAGGAGAACUCUCUCCGUGAGCUGGACGACAAAAUGAAAUGGCUCAAGAAUUUCGAACGGCUGCUGGAGAUCCAGAGAAACAUCGUGUGGCCACCGGUGUCCGAGCUAGACUCAAAACUCUACAUUCCUGAGUUCCUGAAAGUACCACUUUCAAAGCAACCAUGUGAAAGGCUUAUCGUCAGUCCUCGACGGCAAAUAAUACUGGAGGGGCCACUGCAGAUGCUUGACACCUCUAAAAGCGGCUUUGAAGUUUACGUGGUCCUUUUUGAUGAUAUGAUCCUCAUUACGAGGAAGAAGAAAGGACUUAGCAAAAAGAAAUCCUCGCUAAACCUUGACACGAAACCCAGCCAAGACAAAAAGAACAACACAAUACAGGACGGUGUCAAGUACAUAGUCUACAAGCAGCCACUGUCCCUGGACCGCAUCUGCAUCCAUGACGUCAGCGCACAGGAGGGUGCAGCACAUAACCUCAAGAAUGUCUUCGUAUUCGUCUGCCUAAAUCGUUUUCAACAAAUCAUCACAGUGCAUACACUGCAAGCCUCAAACGAAAGCACAAAGCUCACCUGGUUGACAAAGCUCCGAGACACCGUAGACAGAUGGAAAAGGACGCUGCAAAACACAGUGUUCCGGAACCAGAGGAUACAAGCCAACAGUAGCGCACAGCCACCCCCAAAGUAGGCCCUGGGCUCCCUCACGCUGCCCUAAGAGUGGGGUCUCAGAACCAUGUGUACAUACACGAAAGGCACAAAGGUGUGGCUUGUGCUGCUUGCACCAGCAGACGUUAAAUGCACGAACUCCGCAACCUGCACAACACGUCCCCAACGAUGUCGGGCUUGUGAGCAGUGGGCCUCAGCAAAGUGUCUUGAGAACGUUCACGGCGCUGUUCUCCCACUAGAGCUAGCAAUCCACAUGGCGUGGUUGUAACUGCUGCAACUCCUGCUGCUUGAAGACGCUGACAGGGGACGCACAGUAUAGUGUUUCUUACACAGCUCCUCUUGAGACCAUAGUCUAGCAUGGUGUUCCCUCUACAUUUGUAUCCAAUGCAGCUUGCUCUCAUCUGCAUAGUUCACUGUUGGAGAUACCUACUAUGUUGCACAUGCCACCCAUCAAGCACUUGGUAUCAUUUAUUUUUCUAGCACAUGUAUAUAUGUGUAUGUAAGCAUGUAUAGUCCUCACACGAUGUGCAUGACAGAGCAGCCUUCGUUUCCUGCUUUGUUCAUUAUGGCGAGUGAAAACUUCCUUGAGAAAGAUCAGCGUGAGUGAAGCGAGGGAAGUGAAUCCUAUACCAGUGAAGGUGCGCUAUUUCCGCAUGGUGUCCUUGGUCAUUUCCACUAAGAUUGUUCCGACCCACACCCGUAUCCCAAGAAUACCUGAAGCAGAAUGAUGGAGCACAGAAAAGUUGAAACGUAAGCAUAGUGACAGUGACAAGGCAAUUCACAAUACGCAACACAACUUACUGUAAAAUAGAUAAGAUCAUUCGAGAACUGCUACGCUCGGAUGAAAUUAUGUGUGGUAUUUGAGCUUGUCCAUGCAUAACAGGCAAGCUCAACAUGUGUCUGGUAGCAAGAACUUGUUAUGCAAAUCUGGCCUCAGACAUAAAGUUUUGUAUAAAAGAACAUAUAACAGUGUCCACUUAAUAAGGUUGAGUAAAUGUCACACCAAAUCAAGUUGACCAAAAAACAAACAACAAGGUACUAGUUUUUAUCGUUCGUGAUGUUGAAUAUAAUUGCACGUAGAAUUGGACCCUUGCACAUAAAUAGAAACUAGCACAUUGUUGUCAUAGCACACAUUUCAAGCUCACUUUAUACGAAAGUCGCUGCUCAAGCUUUGAGGUCAGCUCUUUAAUCAUGCAUCUUUAAAUGAUGCAGUGGUCUUGCAAAGGCGUGACUAAUGGCAGCUCUACUUCCAAAUCUAUCCAUACACCACAUGUGCAGAAACACAAUCACGAAAAUCAUUUGCCAAGAUGAAAAGCACCAAGCAAAAUAGCUUACCAGCUUAAAAAGCACCACUAUAGCAUUUAUUCAUUAUCUUUUCAAUUUUCCAUUCAGUGCCUUGGCAAUCGAACUAUCCGUUAUCCUUCUUUAGACCACUAUACAAGCUAUGCAUAUGUGGUUUGCAGGGUUAAUUUCUCAUAAUUGGCAGGCAUGCACGAAAAGUCCCACUUUUUACAUUUACAAAGAAGAUCUUCAAACAAUUAAACAUCAACCCAUGCUCACUUAUAUUUUUCUUAAAAUUAUGCUUUUGAUUUUCUUGAGUAAACUCGAGCCCUCAACGAAGAUUCGUGGAAAAAAUUUCCAACAAACGAUCUUCGCAUAUUGCCGCAAAGCUGGCUUCUUUGCGUAGCCGUAAAACACUGCCAUGGAGCCACCUUUGCACACCGAAAUCUGCGAUUUUCGUUUAGCUCCAAGUCCUCUGUAAUUUUUAUGUAUUUUUAAUGCAGGUAACACGCAAGAAAAUUGUCUCUCGGUGCCACCUGAUUGCGGUAUAAUAUUGAAUCUAGAACAAGCCACCUUUUUUAUACCUCUCUGUCAUGAAUGUGCACUGAGAAAACAAAAGCUGAGAACAAAUUCGAUUCUUCAUUUGCUAAAUCGGCUCAUGCAGGCGAAAAGUGAGGCAAUGCCAUUAAAAAAAAACAGUAUUGCAUGCAAUAAGAGCAGUGGCUGUCAUAAAAUAGCCCGGAAGCGUGGCUAAAGCUUUCCAUUUUAUAACCCAUAAAAAUACUUUCUCUACAAGCACAAAGUUACAAGAACUGGCUGAAAUCAACAGGCAUGCUAAAGAAAAACAUUUUUUCUAUAUUUGGAACGCAUAGCCUUCUCCCCUUGCCUAUAGAAUAAAAACAUCUGGAACUGCGGAAACUGAUUCCCGAGUCCACUACUUUAACUUCCUCAACCUAAAGUGUAAUGCUGAUUGCUUUUGCAAGGGACGCUCAGCAGUAACACGAACAAUAAAAUUUGUGCCCUGCCCGCAGCUUCAAAUCCUAAUGAAUGCACAUUUAUAAAAAAAGUAUACAGUUCAGAUUAAUUAUAAGUGAAAUAAGCCACCAUUGUCUAGAACACAAAAGCCCUUAAUCUAUGCUUGAAAUUAUUACAACUGCACAAUGCUAAGAUCAUUUCGCAUGCUGCAAAUAGUGCUACUCAAGUCAGCAUGAGUAACAUGCUUCUAUAUAGCUGCUAGGGCAUGUAGAGGUCUCCUUGAGCAUUUCUGGAAACAACUUCAUUUUUGCCAAACUAGUCAGGCAAGCAGAGAAAAUCCAAAUGUUCUAUCAUUUAUGAACCUUAAAGUGCAAUUGUGCUGCAAAAUUUCAGUCAGAACAAGUUAGUGGUAAGCCAAAAAUUUUUUACUUAUCAGAGUGAAAGUGCCAGUGACUAUUGGCAUGACGUUCUCUAUUCGCAACAGUUUGGCAAAUAAAAACGUCUUACCAGUCUGCCAUUUUCACCGAAUUGGCCACUUUUCUAACUACUUUCUAACUACAGGCUUGAAUGAAAGUCGCCACGGAUGAAUACACUUAAGUUUCUACAGUCACUUUGCUCUAAAGCUGGAGCAAGAUGUGGAAGCGGGCUAGUUGGUAUUCCAUGACUUAAACAGCUGAAGUGCAAAAAGGUAACAACAGCCUAAGGUCCUCAUUGUUUUCUUAGUCCGUGUUACCUUCUUGUGCUUCAUCUGUUUAAGUCUAAAGUUGGUUUUGUUUUAAGGAUUUCAAUACCCAGAGUGGUGAAGUGAGAAGACGAGGAAAUGGCCUGACAACAACCAGGCUAUCAGACACAUACACCACCGUAAAUGCUGGAGAAACCUAUGUUAUUAUAUUAUGUAUUAAUGCAACAAAACAGUGCCUGUAAAUAUGUAAAUGAAGUAUGAAGAGAACUGAUUUAACACAGACACAAAGAAUGCAAAUGUCAAAGAGUAUUUGUAUUUCAUAAGAGCAUGCAAUCAGUUUUUUUUUUUUUUUUCACAAUAACAAGAUGCUUGUUUUGCUAGAGCUCUACACCCACCCUAAUAAUGCUGCUACCCCAAGCCUGAUCUUCCAAUUUAACUCUCCUAAUCUGAACCCUAUUGCUCGAGUGCCGCAUGACACUAUAUCAGCCCAUUGCAUUUACAUGAAAUUUGUCGGGCAGGACAACUAUGAAGAGGUACGCACAGAGGCUGCACCUGCAGUCACAGGCAACUGAGAAAUAGAGUUUGUAAAAGCUGAUUGUUGUCUGUACAGUUUGUUCCGCGUAUGAACACAAACACUGUGCACCAGCCUGAUGUAUCAAGUUGUUUCAUUAUGGAACUACCCCCUUUGUUAUAUAUAUAUAUGUGCAUAAGUGGUUUGUGAUGCCAAAGCCAGCUCCUGAGUACAGUUGUUUCCGGUAGUGGUUUGUAGGACACAACGGCAGUUUGUAACUUAAACACUUCUUUUUUUUGCCUCGACAGGGCAAAAAAAACUAAGACACCUGGCUUAGUACACAAAAUAACCCGCUGAGAAAUGUGAUACGACGAUUUCUCGUCGAGAGAGAAAUCCUGCUGGUUAUUUAACACAUGAGGAAAUCAAGUAUACUUAGCAGCACAACCGUAGAAUUUCAUGUGUACAUAAUGCUGUAGCCACAUAGAUUUUGGAUGUACAUACAUACAGUUACCGAGUGUGCAUUUUGCAAACAAAGCGGCAGCCAGUGCACCUCCCCCCUGCAUUUUAAGCCACGCAUAUUGGGGUGCAAAUGUAAAUUUUUGUGUAGAACUUUUACUUGGUUUGUGCAUAUAUACAAAAAAAAGAUGGUCUAGUUUUACUUUUUCACUUUUUAUUUGCAUCCUUAUACUAAACAACUUGUCUAGGAGGCUCUGCAACUGAUUAUGCUGUGAAGUCAAGUAAAUCCAAAUGCGUCCAAAGAGGAGACUGCAACGAAGGUCGCAUGAAGCUAUAGUACGUUUUCUUGUUGAUGUUCCUUCUUUGUCACAACAUAAAAGAAGUGCUGAGAGUCUAACAUUCUUUAACAAAUUUCCACUCAAAAGUGCUUUUGAAGACUGUUUGACGUCAUUACCGAGUGCACGAUGCCCUGAAUCAUGAAAAGUAAGGUACUUUUAAAGCACUGGAGUUCCGAACCAAGUGCAUAUCACAACUGAUCAGUACAUUUUAUUAAUAGCAGUACAACAGGACAGUACCAAUUCUCUGCCUGCUCUAGCUUGACAGCUCAUCGACGCUCGACUUAUAAACAUGAGGCACCAUCUGGUAAAACUGUCUCUCUUCCAACUUGGUUGAUGUAACUAUGAAGUUCAUAAUUAUUACUCAUAAAAUCAGCCAUUUUUUACUGCUUUCAAUGUGCCGCUGUUACAGUUGCAUGGCCUUCGAGGCAACAGCUCUGAUUAAAACCCUGAUCCUCAAGUAAGAAUUAAAAUUUCGUCAGCUGCCUAAUAGUUAAAGCAAUGCACAGUCAGAAAAUGCUGAAUAUGCUUCCAGCCUGGCUAGAAGCAAGAGCAUUCCUCCGAUCAUCUAUCUGUGUUUGGUGUGCUGCUAAUCUGCAAGGGCGACACCUGUUGGAGGGUCAUCCCCAUGUAAAUAUUACAUGCGCAACAAGCACUUGCUAACCUCUCCGAUUGUGUAAAUAAGCGCUUCUCACACACCAAAGCCAGUGUUGUGCUUCCUCAACUCGCAAGGAAAAGCCUGCACCAAGUGUGUUGUAAUCGUUACUGUUUCAUCAACACUCGAAGUGCCCCAACGCACUCCCUCGAGCCACCCUACCCUCACCUAUCUAUCCAGUCAAACACUUAACGAACACCUGUCAAUCGAAUCAUGCUUUUCAACAAAAAUCCUUAACUCGUAGCCUCGUGCACUACAGUUGGGACACCACGUAGGAUACCACAUCCAUCAUUUUUCAUCAGUCACUGCGGACUUCAAGAGGAUCAGUGACAAAUCCACACUAUGUGCAAGCCAUAAAGGAAAGGUCCAUAAUGUAGUCCACCUGAUACACGUUGCCGUGGCCCUGGCUAUUCUAAAUGCAGAGCGCCUAGAUUAUUUUUAUAGAAACACAAUUACUGGAGAAAAAGAUACUGUUGCUGUUAGUAAAUAUAACAUGUUAGAGUCUUGAUACACUUCUAAAAAAUGUUUUGAUCAUGCAGUGUCACAACUUGAAGGCUGGACAAAGAUGCUUGGUCUUACUUCACUUCGAUUGAAAAAUAGUUGAGCAGUGUGUAAUGUCCAGCUUUUCAAGGUUUCUCGUACAUGAAAACACCUUAGAAAGUGCCUGGUAAUCGAGUUCAGAAUGCCAGUUUCAUGAGGAUAUGUCAAGAGUAUACCCAUGACAAAUGUUUAUCCGGACAGGUCCUGUGUAAACAGUGUAAUAUAACGAAGCAAUUUUCACAUUUUCGAAAAAAUAUUGCAGGGUGAAUAGGAUGUUUAGAAGCUCUCAUAUUCACUGCAGAAGUCGUAGCUUUAGAAAACGAGAAAUGCAUGUGCAUCACACUACCGUACCUCUCACCCUUACACACGUGCCAAUGCAAGCUCCAUAUUCCUGAACAGUGUUCAUGUAAGAAAAGUGUACUGAUUGUGUCAGCCCUUGUGAGCAGGCAUGAUACCUCUCCUGCUGAAAAAUGUGUAUGAAACAAGAUGAGCUUAAUGCUGCCUUUGCAUUGUAGUUUGACAAAAAUAAAAUUAUCCUAGGUCAGAGCCACCACAGUGGUGCAAAAUACUUGUGCAUUUUAUAAAAUGUCACUUGAGCACAAGUUUUGAUGCACCAAAUAUAGAGAAUCUUGCAUCAAUAAGAGACUCCUGUUAGACAUUUCUUGCAGUGAAAGUGCUGGUUCGUCUGCCCCCAAGUUCUUAACGGAAGUGGCAUUUCCAGGUGUCUCGAUCAGUACCACACUUCGAUGAGGUUUUUGUCCAUUUUAUUCCAGAGAAAUUAAAAAUGCGAAGCCACUUGCAACAAUGCCACAUAAAAGAUGCCAGUUUUGUCAGAAAGAGAAAUGCUGUGUUAUCUGCCACUUGCAGGAGGGAAAUAAACUGUGCUAUCUAUGAAGUGGACACACUUCCAAACAUAGUGUCACUCAUCAAUUUAUAAAAUACAUUUUUCUUGCUCAAUAGGAAAUUCUGAGGUACUAUGAGUAAAGUGGGCAAGUACAGCAUUGCCAUGUGGUAUUAAACACGACCCAUUAUGAAAUGCCUCCCAAACUUAACAUCUGAGAGCAGAUAGGAUGGUGGUUCAUUAAUAACAGCUUCUUAUAUUGACCUCACUUAUCGACACAACAUAGUGUAGAUAACAGUGAUGGAUCCUACCUGACACUGUGCGACUUCAAUGCAGUCGAGCAGAUUAAUUAUCCUGCUCAGGAGUUUGUAGCUGUGCAAAAAUAACACACACACUCCUUCAUUAACACAUGGACUGUGGAAAAGCCAUUGUUUUGUCAACCAUAGCCAGAGUUGGAGAAAGCGUUCUUCUAGAAUAUACAAUAUGUUUCAUAGGGCCCUGAAACAUCAUGUGCCAAUGUUGUGCUUUCCGUGAUUCUACUUUGUUAUCACUGUUCUUCACAUUGUCUUUGUGCCCGAGAAGCCAAUUGGAAAACUGUCAGUAGAAGGUUGAGAUGCAUGGCUAAAGGUGAAGCGUAGCUAUUUUACUAUGUGCACGUAAUUGAGCAUUCCACAAUUGACUCCAACUAUUGUUUUCAAGUGAUGUUGCUGUUUGUAAAUAAAAAAAACAUACCA